AUGGGGAGUAGUUACAAUUAUUACAGAAUGUUUGGGUGCUUUAACCGUAAAUUUAAGAUCAGAGAGACGGAGCCACCACCGGAUGUGAGGGAUGCAUUUUUCCGGUACACCGGUAAAGGUAUCCAGAUGAAUGCGGAUCAACUUCUCCGAUAUCUGGUGGAGGUACAAGGAGAAGAAGGAUGCACUAUUAAGGAUGCGGAGCAAAUUAUACAGCAUGUUGCUAGUCGGCGGCACCAUCUCAUCAGGCGUCUUAACCAUUCACUUGAACUCGAUGAUUUCUUUUUUUAUCUUUUUCAGGAUGAUCUCAAUGGAGCAAUCAAAUCUCAGGUACACCAUGACAUGACUGCUCCAUUGCAACAUUAUUUCAUCUAUACAGGUCAUAAUUCCUACUUAACUGGAAACCAACUCAGCAGCGAUUGUAGUGAAAUUCCUAUAGUUAAGGCUCUAGAAAGAGGUGUUCGGGGAAUAGAGCUCGAUUUAUGGCCAAGCUCCGGGAAAGAUAAUAUUCAUGUUCUUCAUGGAAGGACCCUGACUACACCAGUGCCACUUCUUAAAUGCUUAAAGGCCAUUAGAGACCAUGCUUUUGUUAAAUCGCCUUAUCCUGUCAUAAUCACUUUGGAAGACCACCUGACACCAGAUCUUCAAGCUAAAGUUGCAGAGAUGGUUAUCCAAAUCUUUGGAGAAAUGUUAUAUUAUCCUCAAUCAGAAUGCUUAGAGGAAUUUCCUUCACCUGAAGGGCUUAAGAAUCGCAUUAUUCUCUCUACAAAGCCACCCAAAGAGUACCUUGAGUCAAAGAAUCAGAGAGACACAUCUCCAGUGGGAAAAGAUUCAUUUAGAGAGGACCUUUUGAAGAAGGAGAAAUCAGAAAUUGGCGUCGAGGAUCAUGACACUGAUGAAAGGAGUGACAGUGAUCAAGAUGAUGAAGACGGUGAUACCUCCAACGAUCAGCAAUCAUCCCAACCAGAAGCACCUAAGUACAAGAGUCUGAUAGCAGUUCAUGCUGGGAAGGCAAAACAUGGUUUGAAACGUGCACUAAGAGAGGAAAGUAAUAAAGUCAGUCGACUUAGUUUGAGUGAACAAGAAGUUGUAAGAGCUGCAGAAAAUUAUGGAACUGAUUUGGUUAGGUUCACACAGAAGAAUAUUCUAAGGGUAUACCCCAAGGGAACAAGAGUGACCUCCUCAAAUUUCAAGCCUAUGACUGGCUGGAUGCAUGGAGCUCAGAUGGUAGCAUUCAACAUGCAGGGAUAUGGGAAGUCACUUUGGAUGAUGCACGGGAUGUUUAGGUCUAAUGGAAGCUGUGGCUAUGUGAAAAAACCUCAUUUUCUCAUGGAUAAAGGCCCACACAAUGAAGUAUUUGAUCCUAAAGUAAAAUUGCCAGUGAAGAAAACUUUACAGAAAAUUCUGCAGGUUAGAGUAUAUAUGGGAGAUGGAUGGCGCUUGGAUUUCAGCCAUACACACUUCGAUGCUUAUUCACCACCAGACUUCUACACCAAGCUAUAUUUAGUCGGAGUUCCUGCAGAUACUCGUAAGAAAAAGACAAGGAUACUGGAGGAUGACUGGUGUCCCGUAUGGGAUGAAGAGUUUAAUUUUCCAUUGACAGUGCCAGAGCUGGCUUUGCUUCGAAUUGAAGUACGAGAAUAUGACAUGUCGGAGAAGGAUGAUUUUGGUGGACAGACAUGUUUGCCUGUCUCAGAGUUAAGAACAGGGAUCCGAUCAGUCCCUCUGUAUGAUAAGAAGGGUCAUAAGAUGAAAUCUGUUAGACUUCUCAUGCGAUUUCAAUUUCUUACGUACAAAGUCGGAUUCUUUUUCCGGCGGCAGUUUACCAUGGCUGCCGCCGAAGCUCCUGCAGACAUUAAGAACCUAUUUAAACGUUAUUCCGACGACAGCGGAGUUAUGAGCGUCCAGAAUCUUCAUCGUUUCUUAAUUGAGAUUCAGAAGGAGAAAAAUGCGAGCUUAGAGAACGCUGAAGCCAUUAUCAAUAAUCACGGCGGCGACUCCAAGCAGAAAGGCCUCCAGCUCGAUGGCUUCUUCAAGUGUCUCUUUUCUGAUGUUAAUCCUCCUCUCGAUCCUAAAAUCGGGGAUGUUCUGACACCACUCUAUUUGGAUAAAUCUCAUGAUGUACUCUUCUUUGGAUUCCAGAUUCACCAUGAAAUGACUGCACCUCUGUCUCAUUACUACAUAUACACAGGCCAUAAUUCAUAUCUAACUGGGAAUCAACUGAGUAGUGAUUGCAGUGAUGUCCCCAUAAUACAAGCUCUUCAGAGAAGUGUCAGAGUAAUUGAAUUAGAUAUUUGGCCAAAUUCAGACAAAGAUGAUAUAGAAGUUCUACAUGGAAGGACACUGACUGCUCCAGUGGCGCUAAUCAAAUGUUUGAGGUCUAUCAAGGAGCAUGCCUUUUCUGCAUCGGAGUAUCCUGUUGUAAUAACACUUGAAGAUCAUCUCACACCAGAUCUUCAGGAAAAAGUGGCCGAGAUGAUCACCCAAACAUUUGGAGACAUGCUGUUUUCUCCUUCAGAAAGUCUGAAGGAGCUUCCUUCUCCGGAGUCACUGAGAAAGCGUGUUAUGAUAUCAACUAAGCCACCAAAAGAAUACUUACAAUCCAAGGAAGUUAAGGAAAAAGAUGACACAAAGAAAGAAGCUGAGCAGGAUGACAUUGAUGAAGAAGAAGAUGAAGAUGAAGAUGAUGAAGAAGAUCCAAAGUCAGAGAAGAAGGCGGCUUCAGAAUACAAGCGCCUAAUUGCCAUUCAUGCUGGAAAGGGGAAAGGAGGACUAUCUGAUUGGUUGAGGGUUGACCUCAAUAAAGUAAGACGGCUGAGUCUCAGUGAACCAGAACUUGAAAAAGCUGUAGAUACUCAUGCAAAAGAAAUUAUCAGGUUCACUCAGCAGAACUUGCUGAGAAUAUACCCAAAGGGCAUACGAGUUGACUCAUCCAAUUAUGAUCCUUUUGUUGGUUGGAUGCAUGGAGCUCAAAUGGUAGCAUUUAAUAUGCAGGGUUAUGGAAGAUCACUUUGGUUGAUGCAUGGUAUGUUCAGGGCUAAUGGUGGCUGUGGAUAUGUUAAGAAACCUGAUCUACUAUUGAAAGCUGGUCCCAACAACGAGGUCUUCGAUCCUACAGCAAAUUUGCCUGUCAAAACUACACUAAAGGUGACUGUAUAUAUGGGUGAUGGGUGGGACAAAGACUUCGAUCAGACACACUUCGACACAUACUCACCUCCAGAUUUCUAUGCAAAGCUAGGAAUUGCUGGAGUUCCUGCUGAUGAAGUAAAGAAGAGAACAAAGACGAUGGACGACAAUUGGAUACCAAGCUGGGAUGAGCAGUUUGAGUUUCCACUAACAGUUCCUGAGUUGGCUCUACUUCGUAUCAAAGUUCUUGAUUAUAAUUUGUCUGACAAGGAUGAGUUUGCUGGCCAAACAUGUCUACCUGUGGCAGAGCUGCGACAAGGUAUCCGAGCAGUACCACUCUACGAUCGGAAAGGAGAGAAGUACAGUUCUGUGAAGCUUCUCAUGCGUUUCGAGUUUAUAUAACCUUAGGACCAUUGUAGUUCUUGAAAUGGGAGCUUCACAUACUUUGCUAGUUUCAUCUAUGUGAAGUGUAGCAAAGUUUAUAAACUAUAUACAACCACAUGCAAAGUUGUAAGAUAUUUAUCUACCAUCAGAUAGAGUUCACACAGACUGAUGGAAAUAAGGUUACUUAAACAAAAAACAAUAAAAUACUGUGGGAGCAAAAGAUGGGAAGAUUGAAGAUAAAAAAUAAGAUUGGU